UUGUGCUAAACUGCUAAUCCGGUAUGUCCCAACAAGAGAAAAGGGUAGAUCCAAACAACGAUUAUAACCACAAUUACAUAUUCUGAUGAUCCACGUAAUAGUGAAAGGUUCGGUUUGAAAAGAUUUCGGUGGGUAUUUCGGGGGGGGGGGGAUAUAUUUCCAGGGGUAUAUUCUCUCAUUAUUUUAUUCCCAAUCCUCUUUUUUAUCAUUAUGUAAAACAUAAUAUUUUUUUUAAUUAUUGGUGAAAUAUAAUUAGGGUUUAAAAAUCUCGGCCCACUUUGUUGCAACACUGGGAAAGUUUGAUUUUAUAUAAAAAUGUAUCUUAAAAAUACCAUGCUACAGUGUGUAACUUAUAAUCAUUAUGGCAGCGUUUUUUUUUAUGAAAGAACUUUGACAAAUUUUGGGAAUAGAAGGGUGUAGUCAUAAGCACAGAAACUGAGGAAACACAGAAUAUUUUAGAACAGCAUACCUUAAAUAUUCUUAGCUAAUAUAGGCCUAUUUAUUUGUUUGUUAUGUUUUGUCAUUGAAAAAAGUACACUCAACUCCUUAUUUCUCUUUUCUAUAUAUGUUCUCACGUUUUUGUAAACUCUGCCGUAAUUCAUGUUUGUUUCUAUUCAUAGGCUGACCAUGAUGUUGAUAAUUGGGUGGAGACCUUUCAUUCGCAUGUCCGUGAAUCUUCAUUCAAUGGGAAAAUAACAACAAAGAAUGAUCGAAUUCUUACAGCAGAACUCGAUCCAGAAGCUCUUUCGCAUGUACGUGAGAUGGAAGGUGUACAAUACGUGGAGGAAGAUGGCGUUGUGUCUCUGUCGGAUGUUUUAAUCUAUAAAGAAGAAAUAUAUGAGGAUGCCAUUGAAAACUGGGGACUAGAUCGAAUAGACCAAGAAAAGCUACCCCUAGAUGAUCGCUUUGAGAUAUCAGGUACUGGAGAAGGAACACAUGUUUAUAUUCUAGAUUCUGGUAUCCGAGCUACACAUGAAGAUAUUAGAGGAAGAGCUGAUGCUCCUUUUGAUGCUUACGGUGGAAAUGGAUCUGAUAUUGAUGGACAUGGUACACAUUGUGCUGGAGUCAUAGCAGGUACCAAGUACGGUGUAGCAAAACGAGCUUUUGUACAUGGUAUUAGGGUUAUCAAAGAAAAUCGAAAAGGAUCCGUCUCUGCAGUUAUUACUGCAAUGAACUGGGUGGCAAAGAAUGGAUCUCGUCCUUGUAUAGCAUCAAUGUCGUUCAGUGGAAAAGGUUCUAAAUCACUGGACACCAUGGCUAAAGCCCUCUACGACAGCGGAUGUGUAUUGUCUGUGGCAGCAAGCAAUGAGAAUAAUGAUUCGUGUGCUAAGUCCCCUGCUAGAAUAGAUGAAGUGAUCACUGUCGGGGCAACAGAUAUGGAUGACCAUCGAAGUUUCUUCUCUGAUUUCGGACAUUGUGUUGAUAUAUUCGCACCUGGUCGAGAUAUACUUAGUCUUGAUUACCAUGCCGAUGACAGUGUUAAGAGCAUGAGCGGCACGUCAAUGGCCACGCCCUUUGUAACAGGUGCAGCCGCCGUCCUCAGCGGGAGAGGCUACAAACACGACGAAAUCAAAGCAAAAUUGAUGGAACUAUCAUCCAAAGGUGUAGUCAAAUCCAGAGGCAAAGAUUCUCCAAAUAAACUACUUCAUCUUGAUAUUGUCGACAGUCUCCAUAAUAAUUACGUUAAUAGCUAUAUGUUACAUGAAGAUGAAGAUAUGAAAUCUUUUAUCGAAUCAUUUAAGUUCACUGAAAAUCACUAACUAGAAAAAAACAACAACAUAUGAAUCCUCACAUCAAAAGGAGAUAUCACAUUCCAUGUAAUUUUAUUGAUAAUAUUGAUUGAUAUUGAUUAAUUGAGGCGAGUCAUUCUAUAGCCUCUGUGUACUAGUAAAACAAAUACACCAGCUUAUUCCCUUUAAUAGUUUUUGUCUUUUAAUUUCAUUCUCCUUUCCAAUAUAAUUAAUUUCAACUUCAAUUCAGUUACAGGAGGUGACCUUAGUACAGCUAUCACCACCAAAAAUCAUUUAUAAUAUCUAGAAAAAUAAUGACGAUACAAUACUUUUCCUGUGAUAUAUUUCCAAUAAUUAUCCAUUUUUCUUUAGAAUUUUACUUCAACAAACUCUCGAUACGGAGAAAACUUGAAUUCUGAUUUUAAGAUCUGAAUAAUGAAAUAGAAUAUCAACUUAUAUUUAUAUAAUUUUAUCUUAAAUAUAAUAGGGUGCCCUUUGUAAAUGAUAAAAGUAUACAAAAUCCAUACGUAUAUGUAUUGGAAAUACAAUAAGCAUGCAAAUUUUGGAGUAUAGUUGAAACGCAUGCAAGUACCAUUGACAGUUUGAUAUAGUAAUUUGAGCUUCUUUUUUUUUAACUAGAGAGGGUGGUUGGAAUUUAGUGAAGGGUAAAAAUAUUGAUGAAUGAGCAUUUAUAAUAUUCGGUAUUGCAGUUUGAGACAUCAACUGACGUAGGCUGGUGAUAAUCUUGUAUAUACUUUGUCUUUUUCGGGAACGAAUUUAAAGUUAUAAAGAAAUUAGAAGAUAAAUUAUUUAGACUCUUAAAUAUAAAUUUCAUCUAAAAUACAUUACUGUUAUUAACAAUUUCGACUGAAUCAAUCCGUAUGUAUUCCUUAGGAAUGAAGAAUGAUAAAUUUGCAAGAAAAAUAAAAUAUUUUAAUCCCUCAAUAUUUGUCUGAUAGCUGGUACUUACAGCUUACUUUAUAUAGUUAAAUUAUUUUGUUGUGUUAACCCUAAAAAGACUGGGCUAUUUUGGAGGCUAGAAAAACUGGGG